UAUUCGAGUGGCUUAGGGGGAAGUUCUGUUCGAUCAUGUUGGGUUGGUUUUUUUUUUUAAACAUGACGGAUAUUUUUAUCAAAUAUAUACUUUUUUAGAUCUAAUAAAAUAACCUUUAUAAAAUAUUAGAAUAGCGUAGCCCACAAAACAUUAUUUAAAGCAUGUAGCGGAAAGUCUUCUCCCCUUCCUCAAACAUGGUCGGUUCCCGGCCGGUUUGAAGCAGAAGCGGGAGGACGUGACGUAGCCGGCUGUUACUGUGCUGUAUUUGCUGUUGAUGUUUGGGGAAGAAAGUAUAAAUGUUUCAAGUAGACCGUUACGACAAACUAUGAAACCGCGUUGUAAUAUUAUCUGAUAAUACCGUUUGUGAACGUUACUCAAAAUACAUUACUUUAUUUGCGCUGGUUAGAAAUAGCCUGUAUUUGAAAAUUCAAUAUCGAACAAUUUAAACUAACUGCGCUGCGCAGGAUGGACCUGACGACGAGUUUGAAAUCUCUGCUGUUGGCCAUCCGUCAGUACAAGGAUAACAGGACGACAGAAAACACAGCACAGCUGCAAAGACAAGUGGAGGAUGUUUCCAGUCUGAAGUGUGACCAUCUGCUGUCGUCAGGCCAGGUUUUACCCUGCGAGUGUGUGAGUGGACUGGUGGAGCUGGCUGGAAGUCCAAACACUAGCCCAGCUCUGAUCAGCUCCAUCAUCAACCUGCUUGCUCAGCUAGCCUGUGACAAUGACAGUCGGGGAAUUCUUCACAGCAGCUACAACCUCACCAGCACUUUGGCCUCCGUUAUUCAUUGUCACAACGCCACUCCAGAAAAUCCACUGGUACUACAGUGUCUGCAGGUACUGCAGAAACUGACAUACAACACACAGAUCUUCCAGUCUACAAACUACAUCCAAGAGCUGGUGUCUUUCCUUGUGACCAACAUCCAGUCUCAGAACGAUGACAUCAUCAUGCCCUGUCUGGGUCUCAUGGCCAACUUGUGCCGGGACAACCUGUCAGUGCAGAACCACAUCAAGUCUCUGGAUAAUGUCAAACCCUUUUACCGCACGUUGAUCAACUUCCUUGCUCACAACAGUCUGACGGUGGUGGUCUUCACUUUAUCCAUCCUGUCCAGCCUCACUCUGAAUGAGAAGGUUGGAGAAAAGCUCUUUGAUGCAAAGAACAUCCACCAGACUUUCCAGCUGGUCUUUAACAUCAUUGUGAAUGGAGAUGGGACCCUGACCAGAAAAUACUCUGUGGACCUUUUGGUGGACUUGUUAAAGAAUCCUAAAAUAGCCGACUACCUGAGCAGGUAUCCACACUUCUCAGCGUGUGUCUCUCAGGUUUUAGGACUGCUGCAGUCCAAAGACCCAGACUCUGCAGCCAAGGUCUUGGAGCUGCUGUUGUCCAUGUGCAGUGUCUCAGGUCUGCGCACGCUCCUGUGUAAUGUUGUCUUCAAACCAGCCUCAGCCAAGCUGAAAGCUGGCAGUCGUAGACAGGUGGCCGGACGAAAAGAAGAGUCCGGGCUGGCUCUGGUGCAGUGGCUGAGUUCCCCUGUGGAGGGCACCGAGUCCUGCUCUCUCCAGGCCCUGCACCUGCUGCAUGAGCUAUUGAAGGAGUCUUUGGGUUCAGCCAGUGUUCCAGAUUGUGUCGUCGGCUUUGUGGAAAUGCUGCUUCCUGUCCUGCUGUCGCUGCUGAAGGGCACUCCAGCAAAGAGUGACGCUCACCUGAGGAAACACUGUCAACGUGUCACACACGUCACUAGUCUACUGCUCAUCCUCUGCACUGACGACUCCACCAGAUCCAUGGUGUCGUGUCAUAUCAGCGCUCAGCUCUGCCUUUCACAGGUGGAAUCCCUGCUCUCCUGUUCCUGUAGCAGCAGUCCACUCACCAGUGUUCCUGCCGGCUCUGACGACAGUCUCAGUCAGGUGUGUGCAGAAGCUCUGCUGAAAACUCUGGAGUUGAUGAGCAAACUGAGACAGCAGGUGAAAGACAUGGAGACCAGCUUCUACAGGAUGCUACAGGAUCAGAGGAUCAUCACUCCUCUGUCUCUGGCCCUGACCUCUCACCACAGAGAGUGUGUUCAGACUGGACUCUCGCUGCUGUUUGAAGCCACUCCUCUCCCAGACUUUCCCUCCUCAGUUCUUGGAGAAAGCAUGGCCGCCAACAACGCCUACCGCCUGAGAGAGGCCGAGCUGUCGGUCAAACGUCUGGCCGUUCAGGAAGCCCCCCCUCCCAGGUCCAACACUAACCAACUGGACUCGUCCACCUCCUCCAGCAGGGGGGUUCAUAGUCUGGUGGAGAAGAUCCAGAACGGCCUGGAGCUGCAGGAGCAGGUGAAGGAGUCGCACGUCUCUGAGAUCAUCGAUGUUUAUGCUCAGAAGAUCUCAACGUUUGCAUCUCAGGAGCGCCGCCUGCAGGACUUGUUGGAGGCCAAAGCUGUGGCUCUUUCUCAGGCCGAUCGUCUCAUCGCUCAGUAUCGUUACCAACGAUCUCAGGCUGAGGCUGAAGCUCAAAAACUGGGUUCUCUGCUGAAAGACGCCGAGCGCCGCUGCGAGGAUCUGCAGUGUGAGCUCCGUAACCAGACUCUGGAGUUGGAGCGCUCCAAGGUGGACAUGGAGGCGCUGCUGCAGCACAACACCAGACUGCAGCUGGACUCUGAGGAGCACCAGGCUCUGAAGGGAGGCUACAAUGCCCUGCUCAACAGAUUUAAUGAAACUGAACGUCUGCUGAAGGAGCUUCAGAUUUCCCACAUCUCUGUCACCAAAGUGAACGACACUCUGAGGAAGAACCAGGAAGCUCUGCAGCUGCAACAUGACAAGCUGACCUCAGAGCUACAGGACAGAGACGAGGAGGUCAGGUCGCUGCAGUUGGACCUGCAGCACAAAAACUCUGACAUCACAGGUCUUCAUGCUGAGCUGCGCGCUGAAGGGGAAAAGGGAAGACGGAAAGACGAAGAGAGGAAAGAGCUGGAGGAGACUGUGGACGUUCUGAGGAAAGAACUGAACAAAACGGAACAAUCCAGAAAAGACGCCAGCAUCAAGGCCUCCUCUCUGGAGCUGCAGAAGAGCCAACUGGAGACCAAGCUGAAGCAGAAGGAAGACGAGCUGAACAAACACUCGGCCAUGAUCGCCAUGAUCCACAGCCUGAGCAGCGGCAAGAUAAAGAAUGAGGUCAACCUGUCACUGUGACGUGGUGGAGUCAGAAAACAGAACACAGAGUGUCGCU